AUGUCUCAUUCGCUUGAUGAUGACUUGCUCGCGCUCAUGACGAGGGCAUGGAAGCUAUAUAGAGUACUGUCAAAAGGCCCCGUCCAACUUCAACCAUUGUGUACUGCUCUCCUUUCCAUGAUUGCUGGCCUAAGGGAGAUUCAUGAGAUUAUCUCCGAUCAUCAAAUAUCCAACGUUGACGAGGCCACGCUUCUCAACUUGAAUGGUCGAUGCGAGGCUGUCUUGUCUUCGGCUGAGAACAACUUGAAAAAACUGAAGUCUAAAGAGACGGAUAUCCUAGGCUUGACUAAUAUCCAAAUUCAGAUUGAAGAUCAAACAAAUGAGCUGUCUUCUGUUCUCGAAGGUUUACAAGAAAGAUAUUCGAGACAAUGUCUCAUUCGGUCACUCGAGCAGCUCCUAGCAUCGAGACCUCAGGACCAGGUCCAGGAAAUCACAGCAGACUGGCCUAUACUGGCUAAGGAAUUACAUCAGCCCGGAUUGUCCUCGCAAAGUAUAGACGAAGAAUUCUUCUUCAUUAAUGCCUUCCUGGAGGACAAACUGUUACGUUUUCAGGAUGAAGAAGAGGAAGAGCAGCUACCAGACUAUAGUCCUGGUCGCAGACCAGGAACUGUUGCUGAAAAAGUAAAAAGUCUUGAACAGACCACAAGACUCAUGUCACUCAGCGAGGAAAUCGUUGAGCUAGUUGCAACCUCAUCAAAAGCAUCUCCUCCGCCAUACACGUUUGAGAGCAACGCCGAUCAAGACAUGGACGAAGAGUUAGUAAAGAACAUCCAUCGAGCAAUAGAACAAGAAUCCCGGCGCCGCUUUCUCAGACACGAACGUUCUCCGACAGCUGGACCACAACCUUACUCAUGGCUUCCCCUCGACUUACAGACCAGAUACUCAGGAGUGAAAUAUCUAGCUCCCUUACGGGCUGACUGCUUCACUGUCAUGGCCUAUGAGACAGUUCCCCAAUGCACGGAACAAAUAGCUCGACUCACAAAUCUGUUCCGGGUAUCGUUUGACCACAAAUUACAGGUAGCCACAGAAAAGGUGAUCCAGGAAGCACCCGCAACAUUGAAAGUCUUGUCCAUUGCAAUCUCAAAAUUCAUCCUAUUACAAGACCAAAGAACAGCCAACGGCAGCUUCAGCGAUCUGGACAGUUUAGAAUACGAACACAGCACAAUCCUCGUUGAAAGCAAAACCGUUUCCAGUUUCCCCCACGAAGAGUUCGAGCUCGCUCGAAAAAGUUACUACAACCUCCUAACCUACAUCAUGGGAAUGCUCCACAUAUUCACAGACAUUUUCCAAGGACGAACCUAUCUAAUCCGUCCACCAAACGAGCUCGACUUCCUCUGGCAAGACAAGAAAAUGGCAUCCCGCACAGCCUGGAUCGAGAAACAACUCACGGCCUGGGACAAAGUCGAAAACGCAGUGCUUCACUGCCGAUCUUUGCGUGCCCUCCAACCUGGACUUCGAGACCAAGCCAUCAAGGUGCUCAACGAUUGGAAAGAAGCUGAAACUAUCCUCUCGGGAAGAUCUGGAGAUGAGAUGAUCACUUUGACAGUCAUUUCCGUCUCGGGCUUGCCAAAACCAACGCUAGGUCAACUGUCAACUUUUGUGCGUGUCGUGUUUUACGGCCCGAACAUCCUCGGUGGUGCGUACCGGCUCUUCGACGUCAAGACCGACGUUUCUGCGAAGACUCAGUUCCCGGUUUGGAAUAAGAGUUUUCUGAUGAGUGUACCAGAGGGUGCUAGGUUUGUCGAUCUAGAGCUUUAUCAUCGGGCUCUGGGGAUGGAUAAUUAUCUUGGGAGGAGGAGGUUGGAGUUCUCGUUUGUGCCGGGAGUGGAGGCUACGUUUGCGAACCGGAGUUUGAUGCAUGGGAUUGAUGAGGAAAUUGAUUUUCCAAUGAAGCUUGCUACUGAUGCGAAAGGGAAGGGGAAAGCUGUUAUGAUCACGGUUGGCUUGAAGUGGCAGGGCCGCUUUGGUAGAGUUGAAGAGAUGGGAUUGCCCUCACAACCACCCGGCAAGAUGUUCAGGUCUGAUAUUGUGGGAAUUCCUGUAUAGAUAAUGAAUUCAGUGUCCCAACAUAACCGCACAGCAAUGUCGAGGCAGGUAAUUUGAUCUUUCUUGUGUCCCGACAUCCAG